AUGGAGUGGCCUGACGCUUUGUAUCAUAAAUUAAAUGCCGCUCUUAGAAAUAAGUGCCGUGAAAGCCUUCCGAUAUGGUUUUCGUAUCUCAAACUCUUCUUAACUGCUUUGUUCAAACUCCCAGACGUUGAAGGUGAAGUUUUAUGGCGAGGUAUUAAGAAAAGGUUUGAAGAUUACAAAUCAGGUACACAUGUUGCAUGGUGGGCUUUCUCUUCCUGUACUCAGUCGCUCAGUGUUCUUGAAUCGAACACCUAUUUGGGUACGACCAACACGAGGACACUUUUUAGCAUCCAAGCGUAUAAUGGCAAAAAUAUUCGUAAUCACUCAUAUUAUCAGAAUGAAGAUGAAAUUCUACUUCUGCCAGGUACCUACUUUCAAGUCGUUGAUCAGAUCAACCCAUCGCCAGAUCUUCACAUUGUUCAACUUAAACAAGUCGAACCAGAACAAAAGUUGCUUGGAGAACCGUUCAAAUUAAAAAGAGCGCUACCUAUCUCUGUACCUGUCAGUAAUGCACAUGACAAUAGCUCCAAAGCUGUCAAUACAAACUUUGCACAAUCAAUAGACAAAAAAAGUGCACCUCCGACACAAACCAAAAUCACAUUCACUGGUAUCCCACAUUCUGAAGAAAGGCAUGGCGAUAUACCAGAAUCAUACGCCGGGUUCAUCUGGCCAAAUAUGACAUAUAUGGAGCAGAAGUACAGCUACCGAGUUGAACCCAAUUUGAUUCCUCUUUUUGAUCGUUAUACUGUCGUGGCUUUUACUGUUCGACUUCACGGUAGUCCCACUAUUAUUAAAAGAGGCGAUGGUAUGCUCUUUACUAUCAACUGCAUUGAGAUCAGUGCAUUAGCACAAUUCACUCAAAUUAUUUUCCGCGGUCUGAUAAGUGGGGAAAAGGUGUAUAAGAAACGUAUAGAUUUCACCAAAUUUAUUCUGACAAAAGUGGACUUGAACUGGAACGGAAUCGAUGCACUCGAACUAACUUCGGCGAAUGUGUUUGCUGUACAUUCUAUUACUACUGGUGUUGUGAAUGCCGCCUCAACCAGCGGAGUUCCAGAAAUCAAAAAUAAAAACUGUACAGGAUCGUUGCUCUUAGAAAGAAAAAUUACAUUCACGUCUUUGUCACGUACUGAAGACAAAUGUGAUGAUAUUCCAAAUCCUUAUUUCGGGUUCAUCUGGCCAAAUAUGACAUAUAUGGAUCAGAAGUACAGCUACCGAGUUGAACCCAAUUUGAUUCCUCUUUUUGAUCGUUAUACUGUCGUGGCUUUUACUGUUCGACUUCACGGUAGUCCCACUAUUAUCAAAAAUGCCGAUGGUAAACUCUUCACUGUCAACUGCAUUGAGAUCAGUGCAUUAGCACAAUUCACUCAAAUUAUUUUCCGCGGUCUGAUAAGUGGGGAAAAGGUGUAUAAGAAACGUAUAGAUUUCACCAAAUUUAUUCUGACAAAAGUGGACUUGAACUGGAACGGAAUCGAUGCACUCGAACUAACUUCGGCGAAUGUGUUUGCUGUGCAUUCUAUGACUGUUGGUAUUCCAAACAACGCUUGA